AUGGCGGAAGAAUCAAGGCAGAUUAAAGUUAAAUUUAUUACAAAUGAGGGCCUAGAGGAAUUGCAGGUAUCCGAUGUACCGUUGUAUGUACCUGUGUCUUUGAAGAGAUAUGGUCUUUCUGAAAUUGUCAAUCACUUGUUAGGUAAUGAUAAUGAAGAGGAAGCAAAGAAACCAAUCCCAUUCGAAUUCUUAGUAGAUGGAGAGUUAUUAAGAGGCUCGGUACAAGAUUACUUAACAAGCAAGGGACUUUCUAAUGAAGCGUUUUUGGCCAUAGAAUACACUAGAGCAGUUUUACCACCUUCAUUUUUGGCAUCCUUCGAAAACGAUGAUUGGAUAUCCUCAUUAGAUUGCAUAAGUUCGAACUCAAAAAGUGUUUCAUCUUCGAACAUGACGAUAGAACAACCAAAAAUUUUAUCUGGAUCUUAUGAUGGAAUAGUUCGGACAUAUAAUCUUUCAGGUGAUGUUGAAAAGCAGUACGUAGGACAUUCCGCUUCCAUAAAAGCGGUGAAAUGGAUUUCACCGACUCGAGUAGUCUCUGCUGGUAAUGAUAGACAAAUAAGACUUUGGAAAACUUCUUUAGACAAUGCAAUCGGUUCAAUUGGGAAUGAUAAUGAGGACACAGAAGAAGGAAAAACUAUAGCGAUUCUAGAGGGACAUAAGGCUCCUGUCGUUUCUUUGGCUAUACAACAUGAUACUAAUAGAAUUUUGUCGGCUGGUUAUGAUAAUGUUAUUGGAUUUUGGUCCACCAAUCACAAGGAAAUGACAGCAGUUGAAUCAUUCGACAAUCAACCCAAUGGCACAUCUACGGCCUCAAAGAAAAGAAGGAAGAUGGCAUUGAAGGACUCUUCAGUCAGACGACGUGCACCAUUGGCCCUUUUAGAGGCUCAUACGGAACCUGUUGAGGGCGCAAUUUUUGACCGAAAUGAUUCAACCGUAGGUUACUCUGUUUCUCAAGACCACACAGUGAAGACAUGGGAUCUAGUCACAUCACGGUGCGUAGAUACCAGAUCGACGGGUUAUUCUUUGUUAUCUAUAUUACAGUUACCGGAGGUCAAUCUUUUGGCAACUGGUUCAUCAGCGCGUCAUAUCAACUUACAUGACCCUAGAGUAAGUUCAGUCGCAUCGAACCAAACAACUUCCAAGUUAGUUGGUCAUACUAAUUUUGUGGUUGGACUUGAAGCAUCUCCAAAUAAUAUAAACAUGUUUGCUUCCGCAUCUCAUGAUGGAACUGUCAAAGUAUGGGAUGUUAGAUCUGAAAAGCCAAUGUACACAAUUGUAAGAGAUUCUAAUGCUCCGAGUGGGGAAAAUAUGGUAUUUGAUGUCGCUUGGAAUGAGGAAAUUGGUAUUGUAAGUGGAGGGAGAGACAAGAAAAUUCAAAUUAACAAGGGAUCAGAUAUCUCUAAAUAG